AUGGCAGACGAUUCAACGAGGAACAAGAAGAAAGGGGAGAGCGCAGCUUCGUCGUCCGCCACUGCUAACCCUGAAAACAAGAGGAAGAAAGACGGCCCCUCAGCAAACAGGAUCAGCUAUGGAACCAUGGAAUCAUUGUUUGAUGACAAGGUUCAGUUUCCCUACUUUUAUAGGACGGUUCCUAAUGACCAAGUGCAGUACCGAGCAAUUGUUCAGCUCUUGAAGCACUUUAGGUGGAACUGGGUUGGACUUGUGACCUCAUUUGAGGAUCAGGGAGACCGAAUCAGCGUUGAACUAGAAGAAUAUCUGUUACAGAAUGACAUUUGCCUUCAGUUUAAAUUCACAAUGUCUAGCGUCUUGCUACAAGGAAAUGCCGUGGAUUUGAACUGUGAAGUGAUCAUUUUGUACAUUUCCUCCUCAUCUUUCAGCAAACUGGUGUUUGAAUUGAGUUUCAACUCAACAUUUGGGAAAGUGUUCAUCUUACCUGCCUCACUGCAAAUACAUUAUCAAUUCUUCAGAAACACAUUUUUAAAUGGUUCUUUGAUGUUUCGGUUGCACAACAGGAAUAUCCCGGGUCUGAAGGAUUUUCUGCUGAGAGAUGGACCCCUGGAGUUCUCAGAUAACCCAUUUCUGGACGCCAUUAGAAAGGAGCAGGUGUUUUGUUUGCCUGAAUCUUUUGAACCUGAUCCCUUCAUUCGAGAAACACUCUGUAAUAAAACAGAUACUGACAAUAUAAUGAAUCCUCUGAUAUAUGAUGUGGAGAAUUUCCGGAUAACCUACAGUAUAUACACUGCUGUGUACGCUGUGGCCUUUGCAUUACAUGACUUGUAUUCUCAUAGGAGUCAUCAUAAAGAAUGGAAAUUGCACCCAUGGCAGAUUCACCGUUAUUUGAGGAAUCUGCACUUUUCUACCCCGGGAGGAGAAGACGUAACAUUUGAUGAAAAGGGAAAUGUGGCAGAAACAUAUGAUAUUCUAAACAUCAUUCAGUUCCCAGACAAGGGAGUAGAACAUGUACUGGUUGGACACGUCUAUCCUGCCGAUGGGGACACUCAGCUUGUUAUCAAUGACAGCGCCAUCACCUGGGAAUCACGCUUUGCUCAGACCCCCAACAGUACCUGCAAUCCCAUCUGCCCCCCGGGGUCCAGGAAGGUUUAUUUGGAACGACAGCCCAAAUGCUGCUAUGGAUGUGCCCACUGCCCAGAGGGAGAGGUCUCUAACGGGACAGAUAUGGUAAACUGCAUAAAAUGCCUCGAUGAUCAGUGGCCGAAUGGAGGAAGAAACACCUGUAUCUCAAAACGCAUGGAGUUCCUUUCAUAUGAGGAUCCAUUGGGUUUCUCUCUUGCUACCAUUGCUGUAUCAUUCUCUUUUAUCACCACCAUAACUCUGGGAAUAUUUAUCAAACACAAAGAUACUCCAAUUGUAAAGGCCAAUAACCACAUCCUCAGCUUUCUCCUUCUCCUGUUCCUCACUUUCUCCUCCUUAUGUCCAUUAUUGUUCAUUGGGCACCCAACACAGAUCUCCUGCUUUCUGUCUUACAUUUCUUUUGGGACUUUCUUUACUGUGGCUAUUUCUACCCUGUUAGCCAAGACGUUCAUAGUCACCUUGGCAUUUAGAGUGGUAAAACCAGACAGGAAGGUGAGGGGGUGGUUGUGGAGGAACAUGUCCAUGCUCGUUGUCCUUCUCUGCUCUUGUGGGGAAGUUCUAAUAUGUAUUACAUGGCUGGCAUACUCCCCGCCAUUCCCAGAAUAUAAUACUAAGUUAGAGGCUGAUAAGAUCAUUCUACGAUGUAACGAAGGUUCUAUAAUUGCUUUCUAUGUGCAGAUUGGCUACUUGGGACUGUUGGCCCUAUUUAGUUUCAUUGUAGCCUUUAUGGCAAGAAAACUGCCCGAUGCAUUUAAUGAGGCUCAGUACAUUACAUUCAGCAUGCUGGGCUUCUGCAGUGUUUGGGUCUCCUUCAUCCCAGCCAACCUCAGCACCAAGGGCAAAUAUAUGGUGGCGGUAGAAUGUUUUGCCAUCCUAGCAUCGAGUCUAGGAAUUUUUGGCUGUAUCUUUGUACCCAAGUGCUACAUAAUUCUAAUCAGGCCAGAACGAAAUAUCAGAGCCAGCUUAAUAGUUAAAAAACAGGAGCAACGUAUCAAAACCUAAUCUGUUAUAUCCACGUGAAUCUACAUUUUCCAUGAUGUCUCUUGAUUAUUGAGUGUAUGUUUGUUCCCCUUUAAUCAUUGGCUGAGCUGGCACGGGGUGUUAUACAACAGGCCAAUGAGUGAUGAGGAGCCUGAAGCGCAUACUGUACAUAUAGAAACCACUUAUAAUAUAUAAUAAUUCAAGUUGUUAG